GCUAUGUUUGCCCGUCAACUCAUUCGCUCAUCCGCAAUCACAACGGCAUUCACAAAGCCGGGUCUUACCUCUGCCCGCACUUUCUCGUACAAAGCCAAGAGUUUUGUAAAGUAUGACUGGGAAGACCCCCUCAACCUCAACAGCCUCUUGACAGAAGAAGAACAGCUUGUUAGAGACUCUGUCCGAGACUAUUGCCAGGAGAAUCUCCAGCCUCGUGUCUUGAAUGCUUACCGCAACGAGAAGUUUGACCGUGAGAUUAUGUCCGAGAUGGGUGAGCUCGGCUUCCUGGGAUCAACUAUUGAGGGUUAUGGCUGUGCAGGUGUGUCUUCUGUUGCAUAUGGUCUGACUGCCAGAGAAGUCGAACGUGUCGACUCUGGUUACCGCUCCGCUAUGUCUGUCCAGUCUUCUUUGGUAAUGCAUCCUAUCUACGCUUAUGGUACUGAUGCUCAAAAAGAAAAGUACCUUCCCGAUCUCGCCAAAGGCGUCAAAGUUGGCUGUUUCGGUCUGACCGAACCUAAUCAUGGCUCUGAUCCCAGUGGCAUGGAGACUACAGCAAAGAAAGUCAACGGUCACUAUGUAUUGAAUGGUAGCAAGACAUGGAUUACCAAUUCCCCUAUUGCUGAUGUUUUAAUCGUUUGGGCCAAGAAUUUGGAUGAAGGUGGUGCUAUUCGUGGCUUCAUAUUGGAGAAGGGUAUGGCUGGUUUGGAAGCUCCUGCCAUCAAGGGCAAAUUUUCCCUCCGUGCCUCGAUCACUGGUAUGAUCAUGAUGGAUAAUGUCGAGGUACCUGUAGACAACAUGUUGCCCAACGUUAAGGGUCUCAAGGGUCCCUUUGGUUGUCUCAACAAUGCUCGCUAUGGUAUUGCGUGGGGUGCUUUGGGCUCUGCCGAGUUCUGCUUGGCCCAGGCUAGACAAUACACAAUGGAGCGUAAGCAGUUUGCUCGCCCUUUGGCUGCUAAUCAGCUAAUCCAGAAGAAGCUGGCCGAUGCCAAUACCGAAAUCGCUAUUGGUCUUCAGGCAUGCGUACAGGUUGGACGUCUUAAGGAUGCCGGUGAGCUGGCCCCCGAAAUGAUCUCAAUGAUUAAGCGUAACUCUUGUGGUAAGGCCAUCAGCAUUGCCCGUGAAUGCCGUGAUAUGCUGGGCGGUAACGGAAUCUCGGAUGAGUACCACAUCAUCCGCCAUGCUGCUAACCUUGAGGCAGUUAAUACCUACGAAGGAACCAACGAUGUCCAUGCUCUUAUUCUUGGCAAGGCCAUCACCGGAAUUCCUGCAUUUAGCUAAUUUACUUCUUUUACUCCCUUCUUUUUCUUUUCGUUAAUAUUCUCCUAUUUGAUUCAGUUUGUUUGACCAAUAUUUGGAUAUUUGUACAAAUAUUUAUAAGAAAAAAAAAUUGCUUGAUUUAUUAAAAGCCUAAAUAAUGUAUACAAGACUAUCAAAGUAUCG